GGGAUAAGAAGCAGCAACGAUCGCUACAGAAGCCUGGGGGUCUGCCUCCAGUCCUAUCUUAUUCUCUCCUGCAGCUCUCCAGCAUGUACCUUUCUGUGAGGCUCUUCCCAGUUCUUCGAGCUCCAGUACAAUGUGGAAAUGGAAAGUGACAAAGGGUGCUUCAGCCUGGUCUCACCUCUCCUGCCUCUCCCUCCUGCUGGCGCUUCUCCUCUGCUCGCUCCCUGUGGCCUGCCACAACGCCCGCAGGGCCAUGCGCUCGCCCCGGGUCACCAACUCCUCCAUGGUCGUCGGGCGGCACGUGCGCAGCUACAACCAUCUCCAAGGCGACGUGCGCCGGCGGAAACUCUUCUCCUUCCAGAAGUUCUUUCUCAGGAUUGAUAAAAAUGGCAAAGUUAAUGGCACCAAGAGCAAGGAUGAUCCAUUCAGUAUACUGGAGAUUAAGUCAGUGGAUGUGGGGAUUGUGGCGAUCAAGGGUCUUAGCAGCAACUAUUACCUGGCAAUCAGUAAGAAGGGAGAGCUGUAUGGGGCGAAGGAAUUUGGAACGGACUGCAAGCUGAAGGAGCGGAUAGAGGAGAAUGGCUACAACACCUACGCCUCGGCAGAGUGGAGAAACAAAAGAAAGCCCAUGUUCGUGGGCCUGAGCGCCAAUGGGAAACCAAUGAGGGGCAAAAAGACACGGCGGAAAAACACUGCCACACAUUUUCUUCCCAUUGUGGUGUAGCCACUGGG